CUGUUUAUACCGUCAACCUCGAAAUCCCCCUAAAAUUUCUCAGUAAUUCAAUCCCAAUAAUCCCCCAAUUCGAUUCCGAAACCCUAGAAAUCUCCUCCACAAACCCUAAUUUCAUCAACCCAACCAGUGAUAGCAGCCCCAAAUCGUGAAACCUCUGAUUGAAAAAGCUGGAAGAAAAACCACUUUCUUGUGAUUUUCAUCCAAAACCCUAUUUUGAUCAGCUGAAUCACCCCAAAAUUCGAUUUUGAUUCCAAAAAUGAGCUCCCUCAAUGCGAUUCUCAGCAACUCCAUCACUCCGACAACCAAUCUCCAUUCCCCAACAAAUUCCAAGAUUCCAAAAGUUUCUUCAAUCCAUUUACAAUGUGCAAGAGUUCAUUCAUCUCUGGUUUCAGAACCAGAGAAGAAGAGUAGUGUGGUGGACUCUAGCUCUAGUAAAGCUGGGUUCUUAGGGAGCAAAGAGGUUAUUGAGACUGAAGGGAAUGUGUUUGUGAGAACCUAUGCAAGAGUUCCAUUGGUUCUUGAGAGUGGUAAAGGUUGUAAAUUGUAUGAUGUUGAUGGGAAAGAGUAUUUGGAUAUGACUGCAGGGAUUGCUGUGAAUUCACUUGGGCAUUGCGAUCCCGACUGGGUUAAGGCAGUCGUCGAGCAGGCCAAUACUCUCACUCAUGUUAGCAAUGUCUAUUAUUCGAUACCGCAGGUAAAACUUGCAAAACGCCUCAUCGAAUCCUCCUUUGCUGACCGGGUUUUCUUUUCAAACUCUGGAACAGAAGCCAAUGAAGCAGCCAUCAAGUUUGCCCGAAAAUAUCAGAGACAUUUGCAUCCGGAUGAAAAGCAACCUCCCACUGAAUUCAUUUCUUUCACUCAUAGCUUUCAUGGAAGGACAAUGGGUUCGGUUGCCCUGACAAGCAAAGAACAUUACCGUCUGCCUUUUGAUCCUGUCAUGCCGGGAGUCACAUUUAUAGAAUACGGGAACAUUGAAGAAGCCAAGAAAAGUAUAGUUGCCAGAAGAACUGCUGCGGUGUUUGUAGAACCUAUUCAGGGUGAAGGCGGGAUAUAUAGUGCGACAAAGGAAUUUCUGCAGACAUUACGUAAUGUUUGCAAUGAUACUGGCGCUCUCCUUGUUUUUGAUGAGGUUCAGUGUGGACUUGGCCGAACAGGUUAUCUCUGGGCUCAUGAGGUGUACGGUGUGACCCCCGACAUAAUGACUCUUGCCAAACCUCUCGCCGGAGGCCUGCCCAUUGGCGCCACCCUCACAACCGAAAGGGUUGCUGCAGCCAUCAACUUUGGAGAUCAUGGAAGCACUUUCGCCGGUGGUCCUCUUGUGUGCCAUGCUGCCAUUGCAGUCCUGGAUAAGAUCCAGAAACCUGGAUUCCUGGCAAGUGUAACCAAGAAAGGCCUCUACUUCAAAGAACUUCUAGCUCAAAAAACAGAAGGCAAUCAACAUGUCAAAGAAAUCCGCGGUCUUGGGCUCAUUGUAGGGAUUGAGUUGGAUGUGCCAGCAUCGCCACUUGUCGAUGCCUGUCGAGAAGCCGGGCUUCUCAUUCUGACUGCUGGGAAUGGUAAUGUGGUGAGACUUGUGCCUCCAUUAAUCAUUUCUGAGCAGGAAUUAGAGCAAGCUGCUGAAGUUCUGGCCAAAUGCUUGCCUGUGCUUGAUCAAACUGCAACCUGAUGAUAUGCAUAUUUUGUAUGUUUCUAAACCAUUGGAUAAUGAUAAAUUCUGCAUUUUGGAAA